GUCACAUGAUCAGGCAGUGCUGAGAGCUGCUGGAUAAUCGCUCCCUGCAGGAGUAGAUGAGGAGUGAGGCGUUACAGGUGGAGCAGAGAGCGCAGAGCCGGAUCCCUGACAAGACAAACAGCAGCAGUCUGAACGGUUUCUGGAUGUAGACCCUGACAACUCCCGAAGUGGGGCACCAUGAAGAUGAUCUCCUCCGGCAUCCCACUCCAGUAGCCGGGCAGCAUGGCUUGUGCUCCUCCUUCCAGAGAGGACACCAGUGGCUCAUUAGCACUGUGCUGGAGGCUAACACCAACAUAGAUACUCACCACACAGGACACACACAGAAUUCAAACUGGGCCGAAGCUAAUGGGCUAAUCUGCACCGCAUAGGCCUGGUUAAACAUCUGUGUGUACUUUUUUUUUUGCAAGGAUUUGUAAGGAAAGAUGACCCGUGCCAGAGAGGCACAUGUCCAACACUGUGACGUCCCCUCAGUGUAACAACAGCAACAUCUGGACUGAGACCUUGGACCAUGCUCUGUCUCUGAUUGGGUGCUUUGGUGGUAGAGCUGGAGUGAGCAGCUCUUCCACACUUAGACAAACCUGGACUCUGAGCCAUGUCUCUUCUCUCAGCCCUGAGCAUUGUCUGUGGAUUGAUGCUCCAUGUUUCGUUUAGUGCACUCAACACUCACUACUGUAUCCCGCGAAAGACUGUCCCCUACCAGAACGAGCUGAAGUUGUUCAGAGAAGAGGGGAUCUUCAACUACUCCACUAUGCUGAUGAGAGAUGACCUGGGUCUGCUGCUGCUGGGCGCCAGAGAGGCCAUCUAUGCUCUGGAUAUCGACAACAUCUCUGUCAGAAAGGCUGCGGUGUAUUGGCGAGUUACCGAGGAGAAGCAAAGGGAGUGCACAUACAAGGGAAAACAUGCUGAGGUGGAAUGCCGUAACUACAUUCGAACCCUACACAAAGUGAAUGAUACUACUAUGUAUGUGUGUGGCACAAAUGCUUUCAGCCCCAUCUGUGAUUAUAUGACGUUUGCUAAUGGACAGCUGAGGCUAGAGGGAAAGCAGGAGGAGGGAAAGGGGAAGUGUCCUUUUGAUCCCUUCCAGAGAUACUCCUCCCUCAUGGUUGGAAAUGACCUGUACUCUGCUACAUCCAUCAACUUCUUGGGUUCUGAGCCUGUGAUUCUGCGCAGUUCAAACUUGGCUCUCCGCACCGAGUUUAAGAGCUCCUGGCUCAGUGAGCCAAACUUUGUCUACAUGGACUUUGUGGGUGAGAGUUUUCUCAGUCCUGAUGGUGAUGAUGAUAAAGUAUACUUGUUCUUCAGUGAGAAUGCAAUGGAGUACGACUUCUACAGCAAGGUUGCAGUGUCACGAGUGGCCCGUGUCUGUAAGGGGGAUAUGGGUGGCCAGCGGACGCUACAGAGGAAAUGGACGUCGUUCCUAAAAGCUCGUCUGGAUUGUUCCCUCCCUGAUCCCAGCCUGCCCCCCAUUGUACAGGAUGUCUUCCUGCUGAAGCAUGAGGACUGGAGGAAGAGUGUCUUCUACGCUGUCUUCACUCCUCAGUCGAGCUUGUCCCAGGUAUCUGCAGUGUGUGCAUACAGUGUGUCUGCCAUUAGAGACAGCUUCAAUGAGGGAAAGUUUAAGACACCUGUUGCCGUGGAGACAUCCCAUGUCAAGUGGGUGAUGUACACAGGAGAGGUGCCAGUCCCCAGACCAGGAGCAUGCAUCAACAAUGUGGCUCGUAAAAUGGGGAUGAAUCGUUCUCUGGACCUUCCUGACAAAACCCUCCAGUUCAUCAGGGACCGUCCCCUCAUGGACGAGGCUGUUCGUCCUCUGACAGGGGGCCCGCUGCUGGUCAAGAGGGGAGCCUUGCUGACUCGGAUUGUAGUGGACAGCGUGCUGGCGCUGGACGGACAGAGAUAUGCCGUCAUGUUCAUUGGCACCGAAAACGGUUAUGUUCAGAAGGCCGUUAACUAUGGUGGAGAUAUGUUCAUCAUCGAGGAGAUUCAACUGUACGAAAACCCUGAACCCAUCAACAUCCUGCGCCUCUCAUCCAGCAAGGGCCAGCUGUUUGCGGGUUCAGAGUUUGGUGCUAUCCAGAUGCCAGUCAGUAACUGUAGCCACUAUGACACUUGUGUGGACUGUAUCCUGGCCAGGGAUCCUUACUGUGCAUGGGACUUCUCCACUGAGCAGUGCUCCUCCGUCUACAGCUUAUCCUCCUCCUCAAAUACAGCAAUACAGAGUCUGAAGGAGGGAGAUGUCUCACACUGUCCUCAACCAGAUCCAGGAACAGCUGUUGACUUUAUCCUGGUUCCAGAGAACAACAUCCGGCUGCCUUGCCAGCUCCACUCCAACUUGGCACAGGUCGUGUGGAGGUUUUCUGACCAAACACUUCACUCCAACCACAAAUACUACAUCUAUAGCGGGGGCCUCCUCAUCCUGAAUGCCUCUGAAUCAGACGCUGGUCUGUACACCUGUGACUCAGUAGAGCAGAUAAAUGGCAGGACAUACAACCGGACUGCAGCGGUUUAUCGUUUACAGCUCUACUCCGGCCCAACAGUGGGGGACAGCACUACUCCUGGCAGUGAGGUGAAAAAUUCCUCAGACUCUGUUCACACUCUGAAUACAGCUGCACCGGGGGAGGGGCCAGAUCCGGGCAGCGAGGACCCGCCGUCCCCAGAGAAUCAAAGCGACACUAGCAGGUUAACUGGUUUAGAGGUGGCUGUGGCCCUGCUGUCGCUGAUUUGUCUCUUGUUGAUGGGGGUCGUAUUUUGGAUCUGGAGUCGAGGACAUUCGGAAUGCUUCAAGUUUAGGCAGAGCUCCAGCGAGAGCGCGGGGAAACGGCAGUCAGCCGAGUAUAUGCACAUCCAGAACAGAACUUCAGAGAUAAAGCUCCUGGGGCCUGAGUCUGGGAGACCUUGUAGUGCCAAUAAUAAUCACUCUGCUGUUGACUUCAAAGGGAACGGGGAGCACCACUUCACACCCAUGGCCAACAUUUCAAGUCUGGACGGUCUGGGAUACAUAAAUGAUGAGUCAGAGAUUUGACUCUGCUGAGGUAUAGAAGGCCAACACCAGUGUACUAAUUAUCCUCCUAUAGGUGUAGCUCCAACAAGACAGCGUACUGGAAAAGGUUUUCACAUUAUGCAUUCUUUUGAUUGGUGUCCUCUUUCUCUGCCAAUUUCCAACACUGUCUAUCAUUUCCUCACUCUAACCGGGCAGCUGAUACUCUGAAAAGACUCUAUACAGGAUUUCUGGUGAGAUUUUCACUCUAGAAAAUUGCUGAAAAGUCAAUUUUUUGUAUAUGUAUUUUUUGUAUAAUGAUAACUUGUGAAUAUACUUUGUGUAAUAUAUCGUGUACAGCAAAGACCUUUUUUUUCAACUAUUUAUUUGUUGCAAUUACGUUUUUUUUUCAGAAAUUAUAACACUUGUGAUCUACUGUAAGACUUGUAAAUACGGACGAGAACAACGAACAAGUAGCAAACUCUUUGACCUCUAACAACCAGGCACAUUUCAUUUUAUUGGGAUUCUACUGUUUAUUUAAGACAACAUUUAUCAGUCAGAGCAUUGUUCAGUCUUUGGCUGUGUUAAUGAUUAAUCAAUAGCCUGUAUACUUUUAUAUCCAGGUGGCUAUCUGGACUACCAUGGACUACAGAUAUACCUCUGCAUUCAAAUGCCGCUCAUACAGUAUGUGAUAAAAGAGUGGACUCUACCUCUUUUGUCCACAGCAAAAGCAUUUCACUCCAGUAAAUGUUAUAUCAUCUCUGAGAGUGAACUAGUCUAACCAGGGUGUGUUUUGAGUUCACAGCUAUAAUUCAGAUUUAAAGCACAUAGUUAAGUCUUACUAUAAAAAAGAUAAAUUCAUUGGGACGUAGAAGUGUGGGUGUAAGUUUCUGUCAGUGAAUCAACUUUGCAUCAGAGACUCAUCACAGAUGAUACCGUUGGUUUUGAGUGUCAAACUUUUGGAAAAUGCAGCAGCCCUUGUUCAUAAUAAUAAUAAUAAUAAAACUUUAUUGGGAGUUUUUGACGUGUA